CAACGCUUCCUUCCUGCUCCUUUUCGUCCAACCAUCCCGUUAGACACCCUACCAAACAAGCCUCUAGUACACCGCGAUAAUAUUUUUCUACAGGCGCCACGGUCGGCACCACGCCCGAGAAGCGCAACCAUGGAGAUAGAAAAUGCGUACUUCCGCGCUAUGCCCAACCGCCGUACCACAAUUAACGACCUCCCACCGGAUGUCCUCCUCCUCAUCCUCUACGAGGUAUUUCAAGAACGGCUGCGAUACUAUCGGACCGGUCAACAUGGCGAUGACCUCGUACCCGUGUCUCCGCAUGAUAAGCAUGUCUCGGAUCGUUCGAGGUGCUCUGCCGAAUACCUCGCCUCCGUAUGCCCUCUGUGGCGUUUCUCGAUGUCAAGCCGUUCUAUCUUCUGGGCUCAGCUCGUCGUAUGGACUGGUAGAGACGCUACCCCGCUCUCUCUGAUCCGCGAAUACCUUGAGUGGUCGCGAGAGAGGCCCCUUCACAUCUACGUCCUCCGGAGGUUCGACCCGUCGACCGUGGACCAUGCGGAGAAGGCUCACGUGAAAGCCAUCGUCGAGCUGCUCUUGCCGCAUGUAAAGCGGUGGAAGGUUUUGAGCAUUAAACUCCUUCACUCCAGUUCGCUCCCGUGCCCCCGUUUCGACCUAGUUGGUCUCGCAGAGAACCUCAUUCAACUCAACCUGGACUUCAUCGUCGACGACGUAGUCUCCCGCUCUGCGGAAGCCCCGUCUCCUGUGGGCGAGUUCGAGACGCCCCUGCUUGAAGAGCUCUCUAUAGGCGGCGUGCAUUUCCGCGAAGCGUACAUGGAGGCGUUCCCGCGGUCGUCGAUACCACUCCAACUUCGUCGCCUCGCCCUCACGGGUUAUAUGUCACCACAAGUUCGUUUUCCUCUCGUCGACCUGCUGACGGCUCUUCUAACCUGCAAGGACCUUUGUGCUCUGUACCUCGAAAACAUCCAACUCGACGUCUCCGUCGCUAACACACCCUUCCCACAUUCGUCGGCUUGGAAAUGGCAUGUCGAGAUCAUCGAUUUCAUUGACAUAUCCGGCGAUGUCAUUGAAGAGUUCCACCGCCUUCUCCGGUAUCCUAUGUCUCAGCUGGCUUCAUACACGCGCUGCUCGAUGCCCACGCGAGAGCCCUCUGAGCCGACCGAUCGCGGUAGCUUCGCCGCUGGCUUAGCGGAGAUCGCGAGCCCGGGAGCGCUCCUGUAUUAUGUCACUCUCGUUGGUCACGAUGUCCUCGAGAUGACGAUCAAGGAUUCUGCGGGCCUUCAGCCGGAAGUGCUUCGUGCGCUCGCGAAGCCAACGUCUCCGGAAGGCGACGACCCAUACUGGCUGUGCCCCAACCUCGUCGAGCUCCAUAUCACCGGGUGCCGGCAGUUCCGCAGCGCCGAUUUGCGGGCUGCCCUCGAAGCGCGUCUCAUAGCACAUGAAGCGACAGAUUUUGCGAUUCCGGACGAUCCGGACUUCGUGUUGAGGUCGGUGGAGGCGCUCUAUGUGCAUGAUUGUGGCGAGCUGGCACCGGAUGACAAGGAAUGGUUCGACAAGAACGUAGAGCAUGUUCGCUGGGAUGACUGGGAGGGAGGGUCGUGGAGGCCAAUGGUCUCCUGAGAGCCUGCAGUGCGUUUGUUUAACAAUCGUGCAGUAUUGCUUUCGCGGAGCAUGCCUACGUACAUCCCCCAAUUCAAUUUGUUCCGUAAACUGCAGGCUGCAGGCCGACGAUUGCCAGCGACUGACUUGGGUUCGAGUUCCAAAUCCCGGUCUACCGGUCUGGGAAUCCAUAGUAAGCUGAGGCAUGCAUAACCUCUUGGGCCGAAAAGCUCUCGUACAAGUCAC